AGCAUGAGAUCCUUUGUGGUUGUGGUAUUAAGUGUGGCUUUAAGCCUCGGCAGCAGUUCGGGUCAGCCUGCGGAUGAGGCCAUGGCGCGAUGGCGCGUCGUUGGCGGUGCUGAUGCCAAACCAGGUGCAGCUCCCUUCCAGGUGUCCCUUCAGACUGGUUCCGGUCACUCGUGUGGUGGUGCGAUCGUUGCCAGCAAAUGGGUGGCCACAGCUGCUCACUGUGUUUUUGUAUUAGAACCUCGUCAAAUGAUCGUUCUAGCUGGAACGAAUCUGCUCGAUUAUGGUGGCCAACGGUACGAGGUGGAGGCGUUUUUCUAUCACAGUCGAUUCAACAAACCAGUUUAUCACAACGACGUGGCGCUGGUAAAGCUGAAGAAGGCCUUCGAGUUUAACGAGUUCGUGCAACCGAUCGAAUACUCCGAGCACGAGCUUCCGGACAACGCUACCGUCACUCUGACCGGAUGGGGUCUUCUCUCCUCGUGGGGACCACUUCCAAACAAGCUUCAAACGAUCGACCUAAACUAUGUGAACUACGAAGAGUGUAAGCGUCUGCAUAACAACAGUCCCGAUGUAGAUGUUGGCCAUGUGUGCACAUUCACUAAGGCGGGACAAGGUGCAUGCAAUGGAGACUCCGGUGGUCCGCUCGUGUACAAGGGCAAGUUAGUUGGCCUCGUCAACUGGGGUGUGCCAUGUGGCGAAGGCUACCCUGAUGCCCAUGCCCGAGUGUCGUACUACCACGACUGGCUGCGUACCACGAUGGCUAAUAACUCUUAGAAAGCCCCUCUGUUUGUGUCGCGAAGUAAUCUGAUUUUGCUUUUUUUUUUUUAUUUAGUUUCGCUGCAUACAUUUUCAGUUCAAUAAAGGCAACGUACAAUUCCUGUAUUCUACUGUACCUA